UUUAUACACAAAAUUUAAUUAAGUAAAUUCAUGUAUAUAAUCAGUAUUAAACGGUAACUAUUAAGUAAAAUAUCGUACACACAAAUGUGAUUUACAAAUUUGUAUUGUUUGAAACGGUGUAUAUAAAGUGCUUAGUGAAAUUUGGCAAGUGUUAAGUCCGGAAUACCGAACCAACAACGGCUACACAGUCUCCAUGAAAUGGUGUGAGAUAAGAUGAGAAGCGAUGUCAACUAAUUACGGAAUCAAUAAAUACUUGGCGAGAUGUGCCGCCUAAAGAGAUGGACUCGUACGACUUGUUCGGGGAAGAUGGAAGUGGAAUGUUGGAAGGAUUGUCCGAUCUCGGAGGUCCGCAAACGGGAAAUGGCGGUUCGCACCCCGCGGUGACGGGAGCCCGAAAUGCAUCAUCGGCCUACGCUCAACAGCAACAGUCCACAGGCUAUCCGAGCAGUGGUCAGCAGCAGCAGGAGACGCCACUGCAGAAACUGGCUUCAUUCGGUCAGCCCACAGGGCCCUCACAAGCCGAUCAAUUCAAUCACAUGGAUCCGCAACAGAUGUACGCGGCAGCCGGAUACGGCAAUCCGGCCGAAAGACCAAUGGGUCCACCAGGAAGUGCCUACUCGCAUCAGCGACAGAUGGCGCGGCCGCCGGCACCCCCGAACGCAGGUCAGUAUCCUUAUCAGACGGCCGGCGAUAACAUGUACUCGAUGCCGGACGUAAGUCAAGUUGGUGGCGGAAUGGCAGAUGCAACUGCUAACAUGCAGGCCGCGGCAGGCUGGGGGCAGCAUGCCGCUGCCGCGGCCGCCGGAUAUUCCAUGCAUGCCAGGUAUGGACAAAUGGGCGGACAUCGGUACGGCCAACAACCGAUGACGGGAUACCCCACUCACCAGCAGGAACAGAAGCAACAGUUUCCCCCCAAUCAGCAUCCCAUGAUGCAACAGUCGCACCAACAAAGCUAUCAAAUGCAGCAGAGGCACACGCCGCAUUACCCUCAAGGUGGGGGCUAUCCUGCGGCACCCCCGGCUAAUCAAAGCUAUGCGAAUUACAUGCAUCAACGACUGCCCCACCACCAUCAGUAUCAAUCUCAUCACCAAAUGGACUUACAAAGUCAACAACACAGUCAAAUGACACACGGACAAGGUAUUGCGGGAUAUCCGCCCUCUCAUCCCGGUGCCACAGCUCAGCAUAUGGGACAACCGCCGCAUCCUGUCGGCCAUAACCCCGCUCAGUCGCACCAGCCACCUCAGCCUCCGCAGAAUGCACAAAAUCCCAUGGCACAUCCAGCUUACAACCAAAACCAUCCCGGAAUGCAAUCGAUGCAACGGCCAAUGGAUGUACAAUCAGCGCCUCAGCAAUUUGCUCAAAAACAUGGGGCAGGUGCCAUGGGCAAUGCAAGUCCCCAGUACAGAGCGCCUUUCCCACAAUUGUCUCCACAAAUGUCGCCGAGGCCUCAAAUGUCUCCGAGACCGCCUGCGCCUCAAAUGUCGCCAAGACCUGUGAUGUCACCUGCCAAGCCAAAUAUGUCGCCUCACCCACAAAUGCAGCAAACGUCUACUCUAAGCCCAAGGCCUGCAACCAGUCUCACUCCCAAAGCUGCGAAUGCAUCACCCGUACAGUCAAUGCCGCCUUAUUCUCAACAAAGUACUCUACAAGCGCUGGAACAGAUGGUAAUGCCACCCUCAAGUACAAAUGCAACAGAAUAUCCGACUUACCAGUCUAGAAACUCUCUUGGUCCACCACAAGGACCUCCACAAAACCCACUGUCGCCGGCAAUGACUAUAAGAAAUCAGAUGCCUGAGCAGCAACAGUGGCCACCGACUCAACCAACGAGACAACCCUCACACGUGCCUAAUUUAAACGGUACAAUGGGUUUGAUGGAUCCAAGUCAGAUACCACCAACAAGUCAGGCAAUUCCGUCUUCCCAGAAUUUGCCUCCUACUGGAAUGUCAUCCGGGCCAACACUCCCGGUAACCCCUAAUUUAGGUGUUGGGUUCGGCAAUGAGGAUAUGCGCACUGAUAUUGGCAAUAAAAAUCAGCAACAACAUCAGCAGCAGCACCAACAACAACCGCAACAACAGCCCACGAGUAACAUAAAUUUGACGGAAUUGGGUACACCUCUCAGAGAAACAACGACACCACACACCCUUCAACCAGUUAGCACACACAAUGAUUUCACUUCGGUGCAGUCACCGACAACAAGCAUACCAGACAAGUUGCCCAGUAGCACAACAAAUAUUGAUGUUAAUAUACCGACAUCAGUGCCGUCGGUGUCUUCGCAUCCGCCAACUCCUACACCCACGUCAACAACUGAUGAUAAUAUUACCAACACUCAGGACGUAAGUCUUCCUUCCAAUAGCGAUUCUGUGAAACAGAUUGACGAGUUGAGUAAUACCAGUACUGCGUCCCAGCAACCAAGCCAAAGUCAGAGCAAUACAACGAAUAAUUUUACCGACUUUAAUUGUGUUUCUAGUAUGACUGGUUACUCCAGCCAGCCGGGUACUCCAAAAAUGAAUAAGAUGGAUGAUUUGGUACAAUCAAACAUGUCUUCAAUAUUCAACCAAGACAAUUCUUUGUCACAAGAAUCCAUGCCCGAUUCGAAUAAAUCGGAAAGCAAUCAUUCUACGCAGAUGCCACAAAGUUUGCCUUCUCCAUCCUCGCAAAGCCAAAGCCAACCAAUAAGUAUACCAAGUAGUAUGUCGCCAGAACGAAGGACCCCAACAAUAAUGAACCAAUGCCAAAGCAAUGCGUCGCCUAUGUCUCCGACUCAAUCACCACAUUCCUCGCUACCAAAUCAGCAGAAUCAGAUGUCGACCCCACAACCUGAAGAAAAAUCUCCUACACCCCCACACAUAUCUAUGGCUCAGUCUCAAUCACCUGGCCUCGGCUCCACAACUCCCAUAAUGCAGAUGUCAUCUAUGCAUAACUUACAGCAAGCUCACUCGCCUGUGCUGAACAGUUCUAUGGGCCAACAAAAUAUACCCAUGAGUCAAAGUAAUACACAAAGUUUGUCUGCACAACCAAGCACGUUGUCAAAUAUGGCCAACAUGCCUCCAGCAUCACAAGCCCAAAGUCAGCCACCUAUUCCGAUAUCACAAACGCAAAGCAUACCGAAUAUACCUUCACAAAAUAAUCAAAAUGUGUCGCCGCAAACUAUGAUUCCGAACAUGCAAGGAACUGCUGGUACCAAUAUGGCACAAGGUAUGACGCAGAUUGGACAGAUGCCUCCAAAUACUCACGGCCAACUGCCACCUAAUCAGAUUGCACCAAAUUCUCAUGGGCAAAUUCCUCCAAACCCUGCAUUAAGUGGACAUAAUCCAAUGACAAAUAUCCCGCCUAAUAGUCAAGCCGGAGGAAUGUAUGACCAAAGUGGGCCCCUAAUAGGUCCGAAUGGUAUGCCAAUAACGGGGCCACCGAGAGGAAUGACUCCUGGUAUGCCUCCCCACGGAAUGAAUCCGAUGGGUCAUCCAUCAAUGCCAAUGGGUAUGGGAAUGAUGCCAAACAUGGGUGGUAUGAUGCCGGGCCAGGAUAUGGCGGGUUAUCAACAACCUAUCAGUCAUCAUCAGGAAAGAGCAGCUUUGCAACAACAGCUACAAGAGCUAUAUUGCAUGCCCCCCGCACCUGAACACCAAAGUAAGAUUGCGCUGUUGCAAGAAAGAUUAAACAUUUUAAGUCAACACGAACAAACUGAGCAAUGUAAUGGUGGCCCACAAUGCAUCCUUCAGUCUCCGAUGUUCCAAACACCCAUGAUUGAUAGUCCUCAAGUUACAAGUACCACAGGCAGGGGUAGAGGCAAAGGACUUCAAAAGCCACGAAAGCCACGUCAAAAGAAGGGUGAAAAAAUGGCAUCACCAGAAAUGCCACCUAUUACUUCUAUGGGAAUGAACAUCGCACACAUGCAACAAUUACCUGUCUCUGAAGAUUUUGUCACACCUGGAACUGGGUUAAGUGCGCCAACUAGCGACAUGUCCGAAAUGACCGAAUUAACAAUUGAUCCUAUGACUGGAGAACUCGAAGACAAGAAAAAACUUAAAAGCCCCAGAAAACCUCGGGAACCGAAAAAACCGAAGGAACCCAAACCACCAAAAGAACCGAAAUCUCCAAAAGAACCUAAGACGCCAAAAGAAAGAAAGAAGCGAGAACCGAAGGAAGUUAAAGAACCUAAACAAAAGCGCAAAUACGUUAGAAGGAAGAAACUGGACCAGUCUGAUGAAAGCGCCACAGAUGACUCAGUUAAUAAAUCUUCGGAACAUAUUGAUGAUUCGGGUGCUCUGUCUGAUGGAGAAUCGAAGAUGGAUCAUUCCGAAGUUGAUAUUUCGAAAGCAGACGACGAGAGAAAUGAAAUUGACGAUGAAAGUGUAAGAUCACCUGAAAAAUUUGAAGUGAAAGAUGAAAACGAAUUGUCUGAGAAUGUUCAGGCAGAUUCUCAAACACCGAGUGACGACACCUCCGUCGUGCCGGAAUCAACUGCAGAACCGAAGAAAGAUAAAGAUGAAUAUAACUUUGACGAUAAUCCUAGUCCGGCUGAAAUAGGUGAACUGCCAAAAAGAGGCAAAAAAGGAAAGGGUCAAUCAGCUAAGAAAGUUGUUUCCAGCAAAGCAAAAGCUAAGGGUACCGCAUCAAGAAGUAGGAAAAGGAAAGGUGCAAUUCCAGAGUCGGAUGGUGAAGGUGAGGACAUGAUUAAAACACCGCCACCAUCUCCACCACCCGAAGAGGAUUUAUCUAACAAACGUCGUUCUGCCAGAAACACUCAAAGAAAGAAGUACAUAGACGAUGUGAUGUUGCGUUUCUCAGACGACGAUGCACCUGUUGCCCCCUCAAGAAGUAAAAAGCAACCCGUCCCUUCAACACCUCCCACUAUUUCGUCUCAGGCACCAUCCUCGCCGUCUGAGGGAGGUGGUCCGGCUGAAGAAUCAGGCGAACCUGGCAAAGGUAUGAAUUAUGUUUACGUAAACACCACCGAAGAAGACUCCAUGGUUGUACAGCACGUUUUGACAUCUAGAAUGGGCACUAGAGAGAAAAUCAUUGAAGUCCCUAAGAAAGAAGAACCUGCCGAGAAAGAAUCUCAAGAAGAAAAGAAUGAGGAGGAAGAGAAAAAGGAGGAAAGUGAGUCUCCCAAAGAAGAAGAAGAAGAAAAGGAAAAGGAAGAAGAAUCCGCUUCCGUUCCUGCUGAAGAUAAGGAAGGUGAUGUGAAAAAAGAUGAAGAUGAGCCAAAGAAGGAAACUAUUGAAGUUGAAGAAUUUUAUGUUAAAUACAGAAAUUUCUCCUACCUUCAUUGCGAAUGGAAAACGGAAGAAGAAUUGUAUAAAGGCGACAAACGUAUAGCCAAUAAGAUUAAAAGAUUUAAACAAAAGCAAGCACAACAAAUUAACAUCUUUGAAAAUUUAGAAGAUGAGCACUUUAAUCCAGAUUACAUAGAGGUCGAUAGAGUAUUAGAUUAUUCAGAACACAUUGAACCGACAACCAACGAAGUUGUAAAGCAUUAUUUGGUGAAGUGGAGAUCUCUUCAAUACGAGGACUGUACUUGGGAAUUGGAAGAAGACGUCGAUCCAAUUAAAAUUCAGCAGUAUGAAAAGUUCAGUCGUUUACCCACAAAAGAUAAAUGGAAGCCUAAAAAGAGACCUAAUGCUGACAACUGGAAGAAACUAGAUAAAUCACCAGUGUAUAAGGGAGGAAACACUUUAAGAGAAUAUCAAUUAGAAGGUCUGAAUUGGUUAUUGUUCUCAUGGUAUAACAACAGAAAUUGUAUAUUGGCUGAUGAAAUGGGUCUCGGAAAAACUAUUCAAAGUUUAACAUUUAUUAAUGCAGUCUGGGAAUAUGGUAUUAGAGGUCCAUUCCUUGUAAUUGCUCCCUUAUCAACCAUUCCAAAUUGGCAACGAGAAAUCGAAAGCUGGACUGAAAUGAAUGUAAUUGUAUAUCAUGGAUCUGCCGCGAGCAGAAAUAUGAUCCAAGAAUAUGAAAUGUAUUACAAAAAUGAAAAAGGCAAUCAUAUUAAGGAUCUGACGAAGUUCAAUAUACUAAUUACAACAUUCGAAAUUAUUGUCACAGACUUCGCAGACUUGAAAGGUUUUAAUUGGAGGUUGUGUGUUAUUGAUGAAGCUCACAGACUUAAGAAUAGAAACUGUAAAUUAUUAGAAGGACUUCGACAGCUUACAUUAGAACAUCGAGUUUUGUUAUCUGGAACACCUUUACAAAAUAACGUAAACGAAUUAUUUUCCCUAUUAAAUUUCCUCGAACCACAACAAUUUGCAAGCUCAGAUGCAUUUGUCCAAGAAUUUGGAGCAUUAAAAUCCGAACACGAAGUACAAAAAUUACAAUGUCUUUUGAAACCGAUGAUGUUGAGACGUCUGAAAGAGGACGUAGAAAAAAGUUUAGCUCCUAAGGAAGAAACCGUAGUAGAAGUCGAAUUGACUAACAUCCAAAAGAAAUAUUACAGAGGCAUUUUAGAAAGAAACUUUUCAUUUUUGUCCAAAGGAACCACUCAUGCCAACAUUCCUAAUUUGAUGAAUACAAUGAUGGAACUGAGAAAAUGCUGUAUACAUCCCUAUUUGCUGAACGGUGCUGAAGAUCAAAUUCAAUACGACUUCAAAAAUGCUCAUGGCGAAGAUCCCGAUGCGUACUACAAAGCUCUGAUUAAUUCUUCUGGUAAAAUGGUCCUCAUUGACAAAUUGUUACCUAAAUUAAAGGCAAACGGACACAGAGUAUUAAUAUUCAGUCAGAUGGUGAGAUGUUUGGAUAUCCUGGAGGAUUAUCUUGUUUACAGGAAAUAUCCGUUUGAAAGAAUUGAUGGAAGAAUAAGGGGUAACUUGCGUCAAGCUGCCAUUGAUAGAUUCUCGAGGCCAGACUCCGACAGAUUUGUUUUCUUGUUGUGCACCAAGGCUGGUGGCUUAGGUAUUAACUUGACAGCUGCAGACACUGUUAUUAUUUAUGACAGUGACUGGAAUCCCCAAAACGAUUUACAAGCGCAGGCUAGAUGCCAUCGUAUUGGUCAACAAAAAAUGGUGAAAAUCUACAGGCUUUUAUGUAGGAACACCUAUGAAAGGGAGAUGUUUGACAAGGCCUCAUUAAAGUUGGGCUUAGAUAAGGCUAUUCUACAAAGUAUGAACACUUCACAAGGUGGGAAGGACUCCAACAACAGACAACUAAGUAAAAAGGAAAUCGAAGAUCUCCUUAAAAAGGGUGCCUAUGGUGCCUUGUUGGAUGAGGAAGAUGGCGACAAGUUCUGCGAGGAAGACAUAGAUGUAAUUCUUGCGAGAAGAACUCAGGUCAUCACAAUGGAAUCUGAAAAGGGCUCGACAUUCUCGAAGGCCAGUUUUGCCUCAAGUGCCAAUAGAUCUGACAUAAACAUUGAUGAUCCUGAUUUCUGGAACAAGUGGGCCAAGAAGGCCGACAUUGAUACCACCGAGAAAGAUGAAAGCGAGGACUUGGUUAUAUCGGAGCCUCGUAGAAGAACGCAAAUCAAGAGGUACGGACAUGACGAAAGCGCCAUUGACAUGUCCGAGUUGGAGAGCACGUCCGACUCUGAUGCUGACGGUGACGGUCAAGGUCUUAGUUUAAGAGGCAGUAGAAGUAGGAACAAGCUGAGGAAGAAGAAAUAUCGUGACGAGUACUUCCCCAGAGAAGGAGAACGGGGUGAAAUCGUUUACGGUAGUUGGGCAAGGCGGGAAUGCUUCAUGAUUGAGCGAGGAUUACUGACGUUCGGAUGGGGACGCUGGCAUGAAAUCUUGCAACAUUCUCAAUUGAGGAAAGGUUGGAGAGACCAAGAUGUAGAGGAUUGUGCCAGAGUAAUCCUUCUAUAUUGCUUACGAUUUUAUCGGGGCGAUGAAAAAAUCAGAAGUUUUAUCUGGGACUUAAUAGCACCUUCAGAGAAUGGUGAACAAAAAAUAUCAAGGAAUCACCAUGGUUUAAAGGAUCCCGUUCCAAGAGGCAUCAGGAAUAAAAAUAAGAAGAAACUAGGAAAAGACGAUAGAAGACAUGCCGCACUCACUGAUCCAAACCAUUGGAGCAAAAGUGAAAAGUUCGAUGGAGACAUCUUCCUGGAAGACAACUACAAGAAGCAUUUGGGACGACACGCAAAUAAGGUACUUUUGCGUGUACGUAUGUUGUACUAUAUUAAACAUGAAAUCAUUGGAGAUCUCGUCCAACAUAUUGCCGAUGGUGUCCAUGCAAGUGCCCUGCCGAUUUACCCUCCCCCCACGGAACAGUUGCCGUGCGCAUGGUGGGACACUGAGUGCGACCGGUCCCUGCUCAUUGGCACAUGGAAGCACGGCUACGAAAUGUACACGGCGAUGCGGGCCGAUCCGGCCCUAUGUUUCCUGGCGAAGUGCGGACCGCCGAGCGAACGCGAACUGCAGAUGGCCUCGUCGGCGGCGGCCGCCGAGGGCGCAUACAGGGCCACGCAACCGGUGGCGGAUAAGACGGCGGCCGCCGCCGCCGCCGACAAAGGCACGGUGGCCGCUGCCGCCACUCCAACCAAUGACGACGACAUGGACGACGACGACCUCGCCGAUGAGAUGAAGGCGAAGAUGCGCGAUCCGUCCGACGUUAACUCGGAGGUGGCGGAACCGUCACCGGGACCGUCGGCCUCCUCCGAGAACCAACCCAUCGAAAUGGACGACAGGGACGAUAUGACGGGCGACGAUAAAACUCCUUGGCCCACAAUCACCGAUCUGAACACGCGGUUGAGGAGGGUGAUCACGUCGUACCAGCGCAGCUACAGAAAGGAGGAGCAGAAGAUGCAGCUGCAACAGACCAAGCACAAGCCUCCCACGAUAGACUCGAUGACCUCCCCGCUGGCCGCCCUGGCCCAAGUGUCGCAACAGUACGACUUGAGGGACACGUCCGCCCUUGGACUGCAGGGAUGGGAUUUGCAACAGUUGGCGCUCUAUCUUUUGAAGAUGGAGAGACAAGGCAAACAAGUAAUGGAACAGGCAAUGCGUGAGGCUAAGCGCGAGAACGAACGGCAAACGCUUGCGAAGAAAUGGACGAAGCGCGAGGAAGCCGAUUUCUUCAGGGUGGCGUCCACAUUCGGCGUUAUUUACUACCGCAAAAAGAAAACGUACGAUUGGGCCAAGUUCAAGCAACUCGCCAAACUUGAGAAAAAGACCGACGACGAACUGACCGAGUAUUAUAAGCAUUUUGUAAUGAUGUGCAAGAAACAAAGUGGUAUAUUGAUGGAAGAUGGUGGUUAUGAUACCACCAUUGAGCACAUUGGCGAGGAGAAGGCACGUAGAACGUUAGAACGGUUGGAAUUGCUGUCUAAAAUACGUGAAGAAGUAGUCACUCAUCCUAGACUUGAUGAGAGAUUAAAAGUCUGUGUGACGUCUGCAGAUAUGCCUGACUGGUGGAUUGCUGGAAAACACGAUAAAGAUCUGUUGCUAGGAGUUUCAAUGCACGGUUUGGGUAGGACCGAUUAUUACUUACUAAACGACCCUAAUCUAUCUUUCCACGAAGUUCUGAAGAAAAAAGUGAAUGCAGCCGAAGCACAAGAAUCCAAAGAAGCGAUUAAAUUGGAAAGUCAUGAAGACAUACUGAAGUUUGAUAAGGAUGAAAUACUUGUCAAAUUGGAAAAGGGCGAAGGUACGCUGAAAAUCGAAAAGGUCGCCGUUAAGAAAGAGGAAAAGGAAAAGAAAGCAGAGGAUGAAAAGACUCAGUUAACUGUCGUAAAAACUGAAAAAUCUGAAGACAAACCAGAAGAAACGGAGCAGGUCGAAGAAAAAGAAGUAGAAAAAGAAAAGGAAGCAGAGAAAGAAAGUGAUAAGGAAGUAGAAAAGAUGGAAGUGGACGAAGAAGUCAAACCGGAAGAAAAGAAGGUUGAACGAGAAACAGAAGAAAGUGAACCUGAAAAAGUAGAACCAAAAGAAGACAAGGAACCUGAAAAAGAAGUAACUGAAGAGGAAAAGAAACCAGAAGAGGAGGAAGUCACUAAGGUUGAAGAAGAUAAGGCAUCUGAAGAAGUUGAGGCAGUCAAAGAUAAAGAAAAGGAGGAAGAGAAGGAGAAAGAACAAGAUCAACUUGAGUCAGAUGUAAAGGAAUCUGAGGAAAAACCUAAAACUGAGGAACCUGCCGCUGAACCUGAAGAAAAGGUAGCGGAAAAAGAAAUCGAAACACCUAAAGAGGAGGUUAAAGAAGAAAAAGUUGAAAAACCUGCUCCAGUGGUAAAAUCUGAAGAUAUUAAAGCUGCAGAGGCAGAAGCUGAUUUGUGCUCAAAACAGGCUGCUGAAUUAAAAGCCAUGUUCCCAGACCUAGAAGUUAUCCAGCCUUUAUCUAGGUUGUCACAAGUGGACACUUUUGUCUUAAGAGACAAACAGGGCAGUGGUGCUUUGGAUUUCAGUGAAACCACGGUAGCUCAGUUGUUCAACAAUGCAGUUAAGUGGCCUAAGGAAUAUGCUAUUCAAGUUCGGUUGCAACACAUCAUUUAUGCCAUCGACACAAAAGAAUGGCCAGCCACCAAAUCGUUUAGUGCAUACGCAUCAGGAAUAGGCAGUGAAAUCGACAUUCCUAUUCAUGAGUUGCCCAAUGAUCCACCUAAACGGGAAACUUCAACUCCGAUGUCCAGAGAUGAUCCAGACGUGAUGAGUCUCAGUCGAAUGAGCAAAAAGAGCAAACGUCACAUCGCCAUCGAUGUUGAGACUGAACGUGCAAAGUUGCAUGCCUUGCUUAACAGCAGCCACAUGACCGGAAAUCCCAUGUCUAAACAUGGAAUGGGAUGGGGGGAAAAUGAUGACUCAGAGGAUUCUCGCAGGUCCACUCCAAACCAGGGCAAUUUACAACCGCCCCCGGCUCAUCAACAUGCCACCAGUGCACGCAUGUUGAAUAUGCCAUAUGACAUAAAGUAUCAUUCAAGUCAACCAAAGACUAUUGGGCAAACCACGGUAAUUCCUGGCACCAGCAGUACCUUGACCCCCAUUGAUUUGAGUUCCAGUAUUCCGAAGGGCAACGACAAGUUAUCCAUCUCAGAUUUGCAGAAUGAAGUACAAGAUUUCUCAUUGAAAAAACCGACCACUAUUGUGUCAACUCCAACUCUCACAGUCUCGAAAACCAGUGGCAACAAACUUGAUGACACCUUAUCAAAGUUGAUGAAGAGGAAGAAUUGCCCUGAACCAGAACCUUUGGUUGGCAAGGAAAAGAAACGCCGUAAACUUGAUGAAAUAGUCUUAGGUUUAUCUGCGGCCAAAGAACAAUCUUUAUUCCCUGAAACCUCAAAGAAACCCACCGUUACUCCUAGCGUAACGGUGACACCCACUUCCGCACCUGUAAGCUCCUCCCACAACAAUCCUACACAAAAACCAUUUACCAUAACAGUAACUUCUGUCCCCACCUCAGCUGCUGGCGGCUCCAGAAACUCAAACUUGCCCAAUAUACCUGGUGUGUCUGGAACUGGCAAGGACAGUUUGUCUUCGUUCCUUGCGCAGGCCGAACAACAGACUAUGCUACUCAAGAAGCAGCAGCAGCAACAAAGGAAGAGCUAUGAAUCUAUGAUGGACAUUAGCAAGGUGUCUGACUACAGUUCUAAAGUGAACUCCUAUUCACAUGAGGCUAAGGUCAAUAAGUGGCUCGCUGAGCAAAAUGCUGCAUUAGCAGAACAACCAAUAGGUGCGGACUAUAUGUCCCCAAGACGAAGAAGACCCAGAAUUGACCCCACCCUAUUAGAUUGGAAGAAACUGACCGGUGACGAAAACGUGUCCGUAAUACACCGCAUCACUGGCAAGAAGCUUACUGGACCCAAAGCGCCAACACUGAAACGUUUGGGACCAUGGCUAAUGGAGAACCCUAUGUACGACAUCGAUCCAAAAUGGUCGGAGCUGGUGAAGGAACGUGGCAAUCUGACAUCCGACUUGCACAAGCGUUUACCUGGAACAAGCAGUUCGGGCAGCAGCAACAGUAGUAAAGGCAAGAACACCAUACCAGGAAGACCGCCUUUGAUGGCUAGUCCGACUGGAUCUACUUCGAGUGUUAGUUCAGCGAAUUUGACGACAUCUAUGCCGUCAACGCUGUCUUUCCCGUCUCUGAGCACUGCUGGAUUAUCGGGUCUCAACUCAAAUCUACUUUCAGGACUGUCUGGUCUGGGACAGUUUGAUCCCAAAACGAAUCCGCUGCUGAUGCCCUUCGCUGGUUUACCUAACAUGGGAGCUCUGGGUUCAAUGGGGGGUCUCGGUAACUUGACCAACAUGAACCUGUUCGCCAACCUGGCUGGACUGGGAAUUCCAGGUCUAGGUGGAAUGGAUCCUGCUGCCGCGGCGGCCGCUCUUUCAGGCGAAUCUUCAUCGAUGUGCAAAACGUCAUCUGGCAAGUCCAGCACUCAGACCAGCAAGCAGCAGAAACCGCAGGAGGCGCAUAGUUCCAGCAAGAGCUCGAGCAGCAGCAGCUCCAUACCUACGACGAAUCCUUUCCCAUUCUUCUUCCCGAAUCCGAGUCUUUUGUACACACCAUUGGGAUUAGGUGGAUUGAAUCCAUUUAGUCUUCAACCUGGUAUGUCAGCUUCGGCGUACGACGCUUUAGCUCAACAGUGUGGUCUUUUAAAUGGCAGCUUGAAUCCGGCCGCAUCACCUAACUCUUCAUCGAAGUUGGCAAAGUCGAGCUCUAGCCGUCCUCCAUCUGCAUCUACGAUCACUACUACUACGUCGUCAUCAGGACAAAGCUCCAAAUCAAUGAAGAUACCUAGCAGAGACGCACAAAUACAGAAUCUCUUGCUGCCACCUGACACUCAAAUAUUGGAAAGUCUGUCGAAGGCGAGCGGAUUAGAUCCGUCAUCCCUUAAACAAAAGAGUGAUAAGAAAGAGGAUAAACGCAAGGCUUUAGAGAGUCUCCGUGGUAUAUUGCCUUCAGACUUCACCACUACUGUUAAAGAUAAGAAAGGAGGAUUGUCGGGUCUCACUGAGUUUACCAAGUUGUUGGAAGCUCAAGUGUCAUCUCAGGCUACGAAAAAGAGUCAGGAACAGCAAAUGAAAGAGGCUAUAGAGCAGUUGAGCAAAGUGAAUCCCGAUUUAAUGGCCAAAGCAGUAAUUGAAGAACAACCGAAACCAGUAAGCAUGAAAAGACCGAGAGACUCCACAGAUUCAGUGGACAGCAAACUGGUUAUAGACGAAGAAACUCAACCCACGACUAAAAAGGCAAAAGAAGACUGCCAAACACCAGGUCCAAGUACAGAGCAGGAAGGUGUGGAUAUAGAGACACUGCUUCCUCCAUCAACCGUUGUUAAGCCGUCUACAUCAAUAGCCGAAACGGCUCCUUCGGAAGCUCCGUUUGAUCUUGCCGGUCCAUCGACGUCCAUGGAAUCAGAAUCACAGAAGGAGGUGGAUGAAAAAUCUGAAGACAAACAAAAGGAAGACCAGAAAGACGAAUCCGCCGAGACAUUACCAGAUACAUCACCACCGAAAAAAGCUGCGAAACGCACGAGGGGCAAACGCAAAUCCGGCGAUUUGCCGCCUCUAGAUCCCGAAGCCGUUGUACAGAAGAAGAAUUUACGUUCAAGUGCUAGUCGAUCGGCUGCGGCCGCCGCUGCCAGGCAAAAAUUAGAAGCAGAAAAUGCACUUAGAGAAAGUGAGGGUGGCUCAUAAACACGUUGAAGGUCCAAAGCCAAAUUUGUGAACUCUGUUGAAUGUUUUUUUAAAUCGAGUGUCGAUUUGUGGGUGGAAAUUGUUUUAGUGAGUUUUUUGUGUAUUUGUGGGUAUUUGGCGAACUGUGAUACAAUUGAACAUGACUUGAAAAGACGCUACAUAUUUGUGCUUUUUAAGGGGGCGAUGAGCGAUUUCGUAACGAGGUGCACAUCUUUCAUUGCCACUGAUUUUCUCAUAUUGAACUGAAUCAUUACGCUUCGUAAAACAAUAUGUAUUCUCAAGAAAAAAAAUAACAGAUAGGAUAUAAUUACUGCUAGUAGGCUUAAAAUAUGUAAUCAAAUAAUUCAGGACUGAAUGGAGGGCAUACUUUUCAUCCAUGGUCCUGUACCUUAUAUACAUAUUAUAUAUACACUAAAUGCAUACUUACGAAAUACAUCCACUCGAAUGUUUUUAAAAAUUGUGUCUGUGAAAUUAAAUGUUUCAAUGAAAAAUAUAAUAAAAUAUUUGUUUUGUAAAUUGUCUUAUCAUGGGUAUUCAGUUCUGUACAUCCCAUUGGAGCAUUUGAUCUUGGAUUAAAAAAAUGGCACACCAUGUUUCUAAUUGAUAUUUUUUGACAUUAGUUAUUUUUUACAAUUUGUAUAUAUAAGUUUAGGAAAAAAUGACAGAUCAUUUUUUUGAACGGUGUGAAAAGUGUGUAAAUAAAUUCUAGUGUUUUUUAUUUUUUUUAUUUAAUAAUGUAUGUUAUAAAUAUUAUGGUAUAUAAGUCUGAUAUAAUAUGAAUAUUUAUUAUCAUUUUUACAAUGUCCUGACUUUGUAUUUAUUGAUGUUUUGUUUUAUUCUGCAUUUGCCGAAGAAAAUAUAAUUGAAUUUUUUUAGAUCUGUUGAUAUAACAUUUGUAAACUAUCUUAUCAUAGUAUGGUAGCUCUCUCUAUCUCUCAUUUACUGUUACAAUGUUCAUAUAGAUAAUUAAAUAAUAUGAAUACAAAAUGGUGAACAUUUUAUUUACAAACAAAUUUUAAUUAGAUUAUUGUAAAUGAUCAGAAGAAGAAGGUAAGUAAAAUAAAACAUGACACAUAUGAUAAAUUUAAAUGUAAUAUUUUUACGAUUAUAAAUGUUCGAAGCAAAGAUUAAGUAUACAAUUUUUAUUUAAUCUUUGUUCAUGAUUUAAUAUUAAAAAUUACAAUACCAGUACAUUAUUAAAUAUAUUUAUUUAACUUUUAAUUGUAAAUAUUCAAAAGAAUCUUGAAUGAGCCAUUAUUAAUAGUAAUAGUUGUAGACAUUAAGUAUCUGAUUAAUUUUUGAAUUGUAACAUCAGUACAAGGUGUUCCAAAUUGGUUGACUCUGAUUGUUACAAGUAUUUACAGACUAGAUGGAGAAAAACUGACUUAAGAGUCCUUUUUUUUAAAUAAUUGAUUGCAGCAAAGCUCAUUUUGAUGUUUUAAGGUAAAUGCAGAUUUCUAAAAAGUGUAACAAAUUUUUGACAAAUGGUUUCAAAAUUGCAUCCUUAAAAUUUGUGCAACUUUUUAUUUCAUCUAUUUCAUAUGGAAGCAUCCAUAAAAAUAUGUAAAAAAAUUAGGUGAGAAAUAAUGAUAUAUCUGCUAAAUUUCUAAAUAUUUAAUACUAUUGAAAAUAGUAUUUUUGUAAAUUAUGUUAAAUUUAUCAAAAAUUAUAUUUGACAGAUGUUAAUGUUUUAAUAAUAACAACAAUAAUCUAUUUUAAAAUUGGUGAUGUCACAAUUUUAGAUUUUAAAAAUAUAAAUAAAAUAAAACUAUCUUUGUGUUGUAAUCGACAACAUUAAAUAUCUCAAAAUUUACUAAAAUCUUUGAAAAGAUUGAAUUACUUCGGACAUUUUAAGAGUAAAUUCAAUUAAGGUAUCAAUUUGAAAUAAAAAAGUAGCAUAUAAUCGAAAUUUUUAGGGGAUACUUUUUUUUAAAGGUGAGUAGCUUAUAUUAGUUUUUGUAUUUUACUUUUUUGAAAUCUGCAAGAGACAGUUUUUGUCAAUAUUUCAAAAAUUUUAAAAACAGCUGUGGACUCUAUGUAGGUUGGAAAUAUUCAUAACAGCCAAAGACAUAAAAUUUGGGACGCCGUGUAUAAUGUUUAUAGUUGUAAUAUAUAUUAGAAAAGUUUCUUUAAAUAUGACACAUUAUAGAACACUGUAAUAAAAAUAGUAAAUAAAACUUACUAGGAAAAAUCA